CGUCCAUGACCGCGAUCUUGUUGCAGUGCAUGAUCGUAUUGAUGCGGUGCGCAAUGAUCAGCACGGUCUUGUCGGCGAACGUCUGCCGGAUGGUGGCUUGGAUGAGCGCGUCGGUGGCCGUGUCCACGUUGGCGGUAGCCUCAUCCAGUACGACGAUCUUGCUGUUCUUAAGAAGAGCACGACCGAUACACACGAGUUGACGCUGCCCCACCGACAGGUUAUCACCACACUCAGACACCUCAAAAUCGAGCCCCGCACCCCACUUGGCCAGACUGUCAGCCAUGUGAACCUGCUGCAACACGGUCCAGAUCUCAGCAUCCGUGUACUCGCCGAACGGGUCCAAGUUCUCUCGUAAUGGUCCACUGAACAGAACGGGAUCUUGCGGGAUGAUGGCGAGGCUGCGUCGCAGGUCGUGCAGCUUGAGCUUCGAGAUGUCCAGCCCGUCGAUAACCACGCUACCGCUAUCGAACUCGCAGAUGCGGAACAGCGCGAUCAUGAGUGAACUCUUACCAGCUCCCGUGCGUCCGCAGAUUCCGACCUUCUCCCCUCCACGAAUGUCCAUACUCACUCCACGCAACACCAGUGGCAGCUCCGGCCGGUACUUGAGGCACAGGCUGUCAAACUUGAUGGCACCUUGCGAAGGCCACACAGCGCUGUUGAUCGGAGUGCAGUCGGGUGCGUCUUCUUCAUGUGGAAUAUUUCGGAAAUGCAGCAGUCGCUCCACACUCGUCAUGGCGCUGUCAACCUGGUCAGCAGACCGUGUGACCCAUUGCACCACAGCUGUCAACAUCAACGAGUAUGUGAGCGAGAGACCCGCGGUCAUUGCGCUCAGCUCGCCAUUCGUCGACACGAGAUAUGCCGUGACAAUGACGAUAAUAACCACCGACAGCAUGUCAAGCCGUGCCGCUAACCAUCGACCUGCCGACCAGUACGUGAUGUACAUGCUAGCGUUUUCAUCCACCACCUUCUUGUUCAGGCGUUCAAACGUGUCUCGCAUCUUGAAAGCUCGGAUAGUCUGCAGCCCGGAUAGCGUCUCACUGAAGAGGUUGUAGACCGGUGUACGGGUGACUCCUUCGAGCCGCUUGACCUCGCAGCUUGUCUUCUUGAAAUAUCGGGCCGUGACUAUGAAUACGACGACGAUAGGGAUGUAUGCAACCGCGAUCCAGUAACUCACGAAAGCAGAGACGACAAAUGAUCCCAGUGCCAUCGACGCGUGCUGCGCCACAAUCUGGUAAUCUUUUGGUAGUACCGAGUCGACCUGAUCAAGAUCAUUGGAGAAGCGGUUGAGUACGCGACCUACGGGCGUAACGUCGAAGGAGCGAUUCACUGGAGCGCUCAGCACCCGGCGGAACAGCUCGUUGUGCAAGUUCUUUGACGUGCGUACACACGUCUCCGUCAAAUACAAGGCCCGACCGAGGGUUAACACCGUGGCCAACACGAUCAGAGCCACAUACCACAGCGCGAAGUCCUCCCCGGAGUAGGUUGGGUCAACGUCACGACGAGGCAUAUUCUUGGCCCAGUGACUCGGCCACCAGUCGACGACCACGCGCACAGCCUGGCUCACAGUGUAGAACACGACGAUGAGGAAGAUAACCACGAGGCCAUUCAUUCCUGACUCGUCGAAGUACGUCUUGUAUACAUCGCCGGUCACGGUGCCCUUGAUGCGGUCCUCCUCUUGGAUAAGCUGCCGGUUGUCAUCGCCGUCCUCCUCUAGCUUGGCUCGAAUCGCUGAUGCAGAGAUCUUCUCUGGUUCACGUUUGUCUAGCAUUGCAUCAUCGUCACAAUGCUGUGUAGUCUCGAUAGAACGUCCAGUGGCAUCAUGCAUGUCCAGCUCGGGGAACAUCGCCACCACCUCUUUGAACGUACCGUCACCAGCAAUGACACCGUCACGUAUCACCAGCACCUUGUCAGCACGAUUGAGCAGAUCAUAGUGGCUGUUCAACACCAAGACGCGAGUCUUUGACUCGGCCAGACCCAUGAUGCACUUGUCAAAGAUGCCGUGCGCUACGUGAGGGUCCACAGCACUCAGUGGAUCAUCCAGCAGUAAUAUAUCGUAGUUCGACCGGUACAUUGCGCGUGCGAUGGCCACACGAGCCUUCUGUCCGCCACUCAAAUUGAUACCGCGCUCACCGAUCUCGGUACGAUCCCCG